AUGAAUCUUGCCAUGGUCUUGUACGAGUUUUUGGUGGUGGUCGACCUCAAAGAGUAUUUUGGGAAUUCCACGCCCCUUAUAUACCAACUACGUUUCCGUUUCGUAGGCCCAGGCGCAUCCUGGUUUGCCAGUGACUCUUCUACUCAAGCUUCCACUGUUGACACGAGCGCAGAUCACUGUGAUUAUACAAACAGAAGGCUCUGCACAGCAGCCGAAGUUUGUCCCACAAGCCCUGGGGGACAGAGUGUUGUGGGCGUUAUCGGUGAAAGCUCGAGCAAAGCCCUUUUCGUAGUAGGAAACGCCUUCUUGGACGCUGCGACAUGCGAGCCACUUUCGCAACUUUCUGGCUAUACCGUUGAUGGGUUUUUGUGUUGCCCUGAAGAUGCCUUGCCAAAGCCCAAAAACUAUGUCAGUGACGGCUACGGUUACUUUAUGCACAAAAGUGGGAAAUGCGCCCAUUAUGUCAACGAAGGGCUGGUUCUUAAAAGUGACUGCAAAAGCCAAACUGCUCUCCUGAGCUGGUCCGCACUUGAUGGGAGCAUCAAGCAAGGCACAAGCUGUGUAGUAGCUCAGUCGCUCGGACAGUGUCCUCCGUUCUCGAACGUUAACUCUCUGCAAGACGUAUUCACAAGUAAGUGCCUGGUCCCUGAGGCGGGAGAGCUGAACCCCGCUGAUGACACUCAGUUAGUUGAAAGGGCAGCGUGUGGAGAAGCAUAUUCCAGCUUUGCACUAAAAAGUAAGUCAACUAAGCAAGUACGAACAGACAAAAACAGAAUAGACAGACAGGCAGACAGACAGAACGACAGACGGACAGACAAACAGACAGAGAGGCGACAGUCCUCCGCAAAGUCUGAUAGCUUCAGCAUCUUCGUGCAUGAAGAAAGGAUGCAAUUCUAUUUUUGCGAGAAACGUUUUUUUUUUUUUUCAGGAAUCCAGGGAUACCUGAAACAUUCAAGCAAUAAAUGUGUUGGUGUAAAAGAGGGCAGGCUGGUGUUCAAGGGUUCGUGUACCUCUGCCGAGCAAGUCUUCUACAAAGAAAAAUUCUCCUCAAAACUGGUUCAUGUAGCCAGUGGAAAAUGUGUUGCCGAUCCCAGCUCAGAUGGCACGGCACUGACUCUAACAGCCUGUGCAUCAAGUGGAACGGCAACAUUAACCUACGACGGGACGACUCUUGGUUAUAGUGGAAACAAGUGCGUGAAGCCUCAAGGAGGUGGAAGCACCCCUGCCGAUGACGAGGAGUUGGUGAUUCAAACAGGAUGUUCUGGCGCAGCUUCAACUUUCCAUUUCGCUGAUGCCAUAUUCUGUGGAGAUGAGCCUUGCACAUGCGUAGAGGGCUAUGAGAAGCAUGGCGAGAACUGUUUUCCUAUCAACAAUUGCGACACGAGUAAUGGUGGCUGUUUAGGUAACGCCAAGUGUGUCUACAUAGCACCUGCUACGAGCAUGUGUGUUUGUCCUCCUGGAUACAAGCUGAAUUCAGAUGGAACAAAUUGCGAGCUGUGCACCAACAACAACUGUUACACCCACUGCCAGUUUGUAGAUGACAAUGAACUUAAGAGUGUGACCAGUCUUCAGACCCAUGUUGAGGUUCGAUUUCUGACUAUCAAGACCUCUGAUCUGGGACCCUAUAUAGGAGAUAGCACUACUGAACUCGUUGUUUAUGCGCACCAAAUAACUAUGUCUGGGACUCUGACGCUUCCAAAUGGCCUUGAAAAUGUUGCUCUCUUUGCCAAUGAGAUCCUGAAGGAAGACGGAGCAGAAAUUGUGUUGUGGAACAAUGCCCAGCACGUGAUAUCAUCAUCAGGGCGCCGGGCAGUUGUCAAAGUUGAAAAUGGCAAGCUCUUGUGUGAAAACCGCUAUUCAGAUAACAGUCCAUGGCCGGGAUAUAUCCAAGGAACAGUACUGAAUAUCUAUACGUCUAAGUCAUCAGCACCUUUUUCGUGCUCUGGAAACUACAACACAAGGGAUAUUUCCAUACAAGCUGCGAUCAAAUCCAAACAAAAUCCAAAGAAAUCUCUUGAUGUUGAGCUCUAUUCAAUGAUGUUAAAUUGUGCUAAGGUCGAUGCACAGGGAAAUACUUUUGCCAAGAACGGUAAGCUGCUCAGAGGAAGUCUUCCAGUUUCAUUGACUCAGUAUGUUUUAGAUGAAAUUCGGGCGGCUAAGGAGGGAGAGCAAGACACAAGUGCUGUAGAUGCUCUCAGACUGAGUGCAAAGAAUUUGAUGGAGGAUCUUUCCCUUCGCGCAAAGGGAUAUUAUAAGGUACCUUACCUGUCGCUGAAAGCACACGAGGAGAUUCUUAUCCUCAUAAAGGAUGACGCUAAAAUGGCCAUACAGAAAUACGAAAGGUUCGAGAGAAUAUCCCAAGAUUUUGCGGCAGGUAUUGAGGCCACAGACUCUAUGACGGAACUUAUGACAACUAUUGUGAGGAAAAACGAUCUGGACGUUGAAGCUCUCAAAACGGAACUUCAAGCAGCAAGAUCGGACGUACAAGCAAUGAAAGCCAAACUUGACCAAGCAACAACUGCAUUAGAUGCUGCCAAAAAGAAGUUUGAGGAAGGGGUGCGUGCAUAUUCAAGACAGCAGAUCGCUAAUGCGGUGUUCUCUGUGCUCGGAGGUAUUACAACUAUAUUUGCUGGUGGGGCUGGUGCAUUCAUGGGUUUUACGAUUGAGCUGGGUUCUCUUGCGGCAGAUAUAAGCAAAAUUCAAAAGACCCUUUUCAAGAUUAACAUUAUAAUGGACUCUGUUUCCCAGAUUACUGAGGCUGCAACUACGUUCACGACGCUUCACUACGAUGUCCUACCCUACGCUGGCACUGGCGUUUCAGAUUACUAUUCAAAAUCGAUGCCCGAGCAAAAGGACCAGAGUUUGGCCGUGAUGGUGAAAGAGUGGGAUGUGUUUGAGAAGGAAGCAGACGCAUUUCUUGGAGUUGGAACUGCUAGCGGAAUCUCUGGGGCAUCAGAUUACUUAGCAGCACUUAAGACAGUGGCAGUUUGGGGGAGGGGAUACCAUGAGAAGUCUAUCACUGUUCAAGAGCUUCUAGCAACUUUGACAAAGCUGAAGACACUCAAGAAUGAACAGCAUGAAGCACAGAGGAAGAUAAAAACAUCUCGUGACACUGCACUAACUGCGAGAAAAGUGAACGGAGAGCUGCUCAUGCAAAUGGCAUUACAGAAGCAGCGACUUCGUAACAUAAUGGUCGAAAAACUAAUGUCCUUCUGCGAUUCUUAUUUCUACAACUGGUUGUCGCCAUGUCCCGUGAUGCCUACUAUAUCAGAUGACUUGUAUGCUUUACACGAGAAAGUCAAUCAAGGACUCAGCGCUGUUAUCAAUGCUGUUGAAAACUUUGCACCUUUCAUUCCACAGGAAUUUGAAGCAACCAAAGUUAUCGAGGACGAAAGCGGAUGCAGUGGUCUUCAAACCCGUUUACAGCAGUCUGCUGGUGGAGCGGACCAGUUGGCACUGAAUACACUCAAAUGUCCAAUUUCAGAGCUCGAGCGCACUAAUAGCUUUUUAUUCAGGCUUGAUGAGAACGACCAAGACAUUUUCCAAGGACAUGAGCGGGUUCACGUGGACGAGUUUGAAAUUUACUUGGAAGGUGCCCAGUUUUCCUCCGGUGCAACAAAGAAAGCCAUUACUGCAUGGAUUUCCUUUACAGGAAUGAUGACAGAUAUAUUUAGAGGGGAACGAUAUGACUUUGUUGCUCCUUCUCGUAUAACAGAAUUCACUUACAAGAUCAAACAAGAUGGCAGCUACGAGGUGAUACAAUUUGGUAAAGUAAGCAGCAAAUACGAACAAUACUACGAUGGAGUUGCCGCCCUAACCACUUGGAGUGUCAACUUUCCCGCUACGCUCAAUCCAAGUCUGAUUUUGACAAGUGUAAGCCAGGUUAAAUUAAAACUCAAAGGAACUCGAGUACCUGUGCAGCCAGAUCAACAAAAUGAGGGUCAAGGCGAUCGGAAUUCAGGCCAGGAUCAGAGAGUUGCAAAGAAAGACAAGCCAAGACGCAAAAGUAGAAGAAAACAUCGAAAAGCUUGAAUCCACUGAAAAGGCUCACUGUACAACAGUAGCAGCUGAAAAAGUUCAAAAGAAAUGUGAGGUUAAUCCCCAAUUAAUGUAAAAGAAAGCGAAUAGAAUUAGUUUUAGUUUCAGCGAAGAACGUGCAAGCAAAGCAACGUGCUGCACUGCAAUAAAAAGCACUUUUGAAUAGGCAGCCGAGAUAUUUUUGUAUCUUCAGUGUUUGACAUAACAAACCCUACUGCAAGCAUGAAAAUGCUAUAUGCACACACAAACCAAUGUUUGAGCUCGCAUAUGUUCACUUACAACGCGCAAUAGAAAACAAAUUCACAAACAUGCAUACGCAAACAAGCCGACACUUAGAUGCCUUCAUGCUGCCCUUGUAAUGACAUCUGCAACUGGUUAGACUUUCUAGUCUUCUCGGAUAAGGACGAUAAACCGUAGGCCCCGUCUCACAACUCUUCAUAAUUUAUUCUGUGGGACGUAGAAGAACCCACGCACUGAUGGAAAAGAGUAGGGGACGUAGUUCCUGGUGUGGUGGUCUAUCUCUCAUCUGAUGGCUAAAUGCUCUGAGAUAUUAGCUGCACAACCUAUUCUGAAAUCCGAGGGUAAAUAAAGUAAUGUAUGUAUAUGUAUAUAUGUAUGUAUGUAUAGAAACCAGUUCAGGACUUCAGGAGAGAUUCAUCCUGAACUGGUUUCAAUUAAUAUACAAUGCUCCUCUAAGAGUUGAGCACUCUUUGAAAUCCAUUCACCGCAAGGAAAUAGAUUCUUUGUAUGUAUA